CACGAUUGUCGAUUGUCGCCAUUGUGCCGAGCGGCGUACGUACGACGGCCGUAUAUUCGCGAUACGCGUUCUUAUCGAUAAGGUUAAUAAUUGAGCUAUUCGAUUGUUAAAUUAUGAAUAAAAUAAUGAUAAAGUUGAGUUCGUUUUAAAUUUUGAACAGUGUUGUUACCGUGUGCAGUGCAGGCGAACUGUUCAGUUUUAAAUAGUUGUUUGAAGGCUACAUCGUGGAUCUAGAAUUACACCAACGUGCCAGCGGCCACUUGAUGAGUGCCGCUGGUGCUAUGUGCGACCGGGCUGGAUAUGGAGGCACCAUGGGUCAUUUUCCAAUGGGCCACAUGUCAGCCAUGGGAGCUAUUGGUACAAUGGGAGCGAUAUCCGCCAUGAACGGUCAGACGCAUCAGAAGAAAUCCCAAGAAGAACAUAUAAAACGACCCAUGAAUGCCUUUAUGGUGUGGUCGAGACUGCAAAGGCGGAAAAUAGCACAGGAUAAUCCCAAAAUGCAUAAUUCUGAGAUUUCGAAACGAUUAGGUGCAGAGUGGAAGCUUCUAACAGAAGAUGAAAAGAGACCGUUCAUUGAUGAGGCCAAGAGGCUCAGGGCGAUGCACAUGAAGGAACAUCCGGACUACAAGUACCGACCGCGGAGGAAACCCAAGACCCUGAGGAAGGAGGGAUACCCCUAUUCAAUUCCCUACCCCAGUGUGCCCAUGGACGCCUUAAGAGCUGGAAUGGCCGGUGGUGGUAUGACACAAGCGAUGGGCGGCUACUACGGCGCAGCAUACGGGCCGCUCGGAGCCAGCAUGGCAGCUGCCGCCGCUGCAGCUGCACAACAGAAUGCCAUAUCAGCGGCACUUACACCAAAUGCUCAGAUGGGCUCAACGAUGGACAUGUCCAAGUACUCAAUCGAGGAUAAGUACAGGAGCUACAGCAUGUAUCCUGAUCCAUCGCGGGGCUACCUCGAUUCAGCCGCGCUCUCCAAAGCCUACAUGUACAUGGAUCAGCAACAACAACGCUCCUACCCAAUGGACAUCAGUAAGAUGUACUCGGAUGCUUCAGUCGCCAUGGCUGGACUCACUUCAACGGUUAAUUCAGCGUCCAGCUUAUCCCCAAGGUCCCCUGCUGAAUCCCCAGACACCCAAAAGACUCAGGAUCGCGUUGAAGGCAGCUCCUCGUCAGGGUCGAAUCCGUCCCCAUCUCUACCCUACUACCAAACCUCGUCCAGCCUCCUCAUGCCCCAGUAUCCGGGUCAGUAUCCCCAAAGCACGCAAGGCGGGCCAGAAUUUCGGAGACCGUUGACUGUCAUAUUCUGACCUGACGUUUAAUUCGGGAAUUUCAAUUCGAAUUUCGAAUGUUGAUUUUGAGAUUUAUUUCUGUAAAUAGAUAGUAGCUAUUCAGCCUACACUUUUUCUGAUUUAAGAAUCUAAUUAAGUGUUAAAUAUAUAACGUAUAUUGUUAAUAUUAUUUUUUUUAUUUCGCGACAAAAUUUUAUAAAAUCACACGCACACACUUGUGUUUAUGACAUGUGACGAUUUCUAAAGUUCCUUGAUUUCAUUUAUAGUUUUAAAUUAUAAUAUUGUAAUUUUAGAACAUUGAUGAAAGCUUUUAAUUGUAAAUUUUUAUGUAAAUAUAACAAAAAAUAUAAUUAAGGGAUUAUAAGUGUUUAUGCCAUCAAAUACGAUUUGUAAAACAUAUAACUAUUUGUUAAAUAGUACAGUUGAAAUAUUCUAAUGGUUCUUGUAAUAUUUUGUUACAAGUAUCCGAACGUUUUGAUCAGUCAUGAGCACUUAAAAUUGUUGGUAAUUUAAAAAAGUCCAAGCUACAACGACUACGUAUAUAAUUAUUAUAAUUUAAAUACUGUAUAUAGACGAAUAUUCUAGCCUUAAGAAAAAUAGGAACUAAUGUUUGUUAAUAUUAAAAUUAUUAUAAAAAAUGAUAUUUUUUUCAGUAGGCUGCUUUUAUCCAGAUCUUUAGACUGAUUUAUUUUAAAUUGUAGUUAAUCGGAAACGCUUCGAACUAUUUUGUUUAUAUUUACAAUUAAUAUUGUAAAAUAAAUUUAUAAUUAAUGUUUCGUUAUAAGUAGAUCGAAAAUAGACAAAAUAUUUUUUUCAUUACAAUUAAUAGAAAUGACGCAAAGGCGUUCAACGUUGCAUUUAAUAUAAGAUGCCAUAAGUUUCUUUUUUUAAUGAACAUAGUGACUAAAUGUAAUACCAUGUUUCUUUAAUUGAUAUACUUUUUGUAUUCUGUUAAACAUUGUUAUUAAAAAUAUAUAGAAAUAAAUACUAUAAGAAAAAUAAUUUUAAAUUACCCAAAUUUGGGAUAAAUAUACCAACUACAGUUACAAAAAUGUAAUGCUAUUUUUGGCUGUAUUCCAAUUAAUGACAAAAUUAGUGUUGCCAUUAAAAUAUUUUUAACACAUUAUGAAAUAAAUCAUGACUCAAAUAUUGUUGGAUAUUUUUUUUAAACCAUUUAAUUAUUCUCAAAUUAAAAUGACCAUUUUAAAUUGCAACGUAAAAAAAAAAUAUUCAUUUACGACCAGUUAGUUUUCAAUACGAAAUAUCAAAACAUACCUAACCAGUGACUUUCUGAUGUAUCGUUCUAUGUAAAUUAUUUAUAGACUUAAUUCUGUAUAGCGAUAUGAUGUGUACAAUGAGACUUAGAAUAUAUAAUUAUUGAAAAAUUACGUAAUUACAAUAAAUCUUUGAAAA